AUGGCCUCAUCUGAUACUUCCGAACAAUCCCACUGUUCCUUGCGUGCGGUAUACUCCGCCCCUCACUCGUCGCACACAUUCGAGCACCGCCUCGCCUCACCUGCAGCCUCGUCCGACUCCCCUUCGGAAAAUGUCAAAGCCAAGGUGGCUUAUCUGUCGGAGCUGAGGAAACUAGUACCUACCCUGCAGAACGAUGUGAACGUGUUCUUGACGGAGCGCAUGGAGGAGGAUAAGAAAUUGGCGGAAGCUCAAGGCCGUCAUAUUUCCGAACAAGAGGCGAAAGAAGAAGAGAACUACGGGGAAGAAGUGGUCGAGGAUGAUGCAUGA